AUGGCUUCAACCAAUGAGAUCGUUAUCAUCGACAUCAGUGCCCUCCUCUCAUCGCACACUAAGCCACCCUCUCCGGAGGCCGUCGAAGUUGCAAAAAAGAUUUACGCUGCCUUCAGCACUUUGGGCUUCUGCCAGUUCACUGGACAUGACAUUCCUGUCGAGCUGCAGGCUGAUCUUGUGAAGUGCUCGCAGCAGUUCUUCGCGCUUCCAGAGGCGGAGAAAUCAGCGCUACAUGUCAAGAAUGGAGGCAUCGCGUGGCGGGUGUAUGCGCCUCUUGGGGGAGAGAGCACCCACGGCCGGACGGACUGGAAGGAGGGCAUAUAUUUCGGCCCCGAGCAUCCUGCGGACCACCCGCAUGCUGGGAUGCUGCUUCAUGGAGCUAACCAAUUCCCUGAUGCCAGCAUCCCUGCGAUGCGCGGAGUUGUACAGGACUAUGUUAAUUUCAUCAUAGAGCUAGGGAAGAUUAUCUGCGAUGGCCUUUCGUCGUCUCUCGGUUUGGAGAAGGACUUCAUUCGUGAGAAUUAUCUGCAGCCGGAACCUGUAGCUCUCUUCCGGUGCUGGAGCUACCCUGGCAUCUCUCAGGAAGAAGAGAUAUACGGAAUAGGCGAGCAUUCUGGUACGAUUCUCCGUUCUGGUCCUUCUGGAGAUUUUGCGAUUUUCACCGAACUCCUAGAUUUCGGGUUUUUGACUAUACUCAAGCAGAUGGCUCCUGGCUUGCAGUUUCUCACCCCACAGAAGGAAUGGAUCGAUGUCCCUGUGGUAGAAAACGCUUUGAUCUGUAACGUUGGUGACAUGCUCGACAGAAUGACUGUUGGCCGCUUCAUAAGCGCUCGCCAUCGCGUCCUCCCUCCCGCACCUGGGACGUCCCGUCUCUCGUUCCCGUUCUUUUUCGACUACAGCUGGACGGCCAAAAUCCGGCCGUUCCCUCUCUCCCAUCUCCCCGCUCUCCCUGCCGCCGAAGAUGAGGAGAACAAGGUAAGGUGGGGCACUACGACGUUUACUAAUGUCGAAGGAGAGUGGUGGCAAUAUCUUGCGAAGAAGGUCAAGAAGGUCUUCCCGGAUCUGGUCCUUCCGGACUUUGAUUCAAACAUCGCUCCGUCAUCACGGUUCACCAUUGCUGUCCCAGUAGUGGCAAAGUGA